AUGAAACAACAACAACCAAGCGGCGGCCCUUACAACAAUCAGCAUCCAGCACAGAUAACUGCCAAUUCAACUGAAUCAGUAGCAAUAGCUGAUCAUUAUGAUCAUAUUGAAAGUAUAUGGCGUAUUGUUCUUGAUAUUAUUAGUCUUACAAUAUUAACUGUUAUAACGGUUAUAUCACAUUAUGUUGCUACACCAUUUACACGUGGUUUCUUUUGUACGGAUACAGCAAUAAAAUAUCCAUAUAAAGAUAAUACAAUACCAACGUAUGCUGCAGUUAUUCUUUCAAUUGCUCUUCCCGUUAUUUGGAUGUGGACUACAGAAUUUUGUAAAGUAUGUUAUUAUGGACAAUAUCCCCGAACACCGUUUCGAAUAUGUCUAGAAUUAUGUGGUGGAAAAAAAAUAGUCAUUAAACCAAUCAUUCGUAAUUUAUACAUUCUUACUGUGAUAUUUGCUUAUGGUUACCUUGCAACAUGGGUAUUAACUGAAAUAGCAAAAAAUUUUGUUGGAGAAUUACGACCACAUUUUCUUGCUGUAUGUCAACCAAGUCCUGAUUGUUCGACUCUAAUAUCAUCAUAUCAAUUUUAUUCUUAUCUGCAAUAUGGAAGUGGUUAUACAUGUCAAAAUACAGAUGAUGCAAGUGUACGAGAAGCACGUCGAUCUUUCUUUAGUGGACAUACUGCACCACUUUUUUUUGGCUUUACUUGGUUAAUUAUGUAUAUUCAUAUAUCAUGGUCAUGGCGUCAUCUUGGUCUUCUUGGUCAUUUAUUUCAAAUAGGUAUUGCUAUACUUGGAUGUUAUAUUGGAUAUUCACGUAUAAGUGAUUUUCAUCAUCAUUGGCAAGAUGUAUUCUUUGGUAGUAUAGUUGGAUCAUUAAUUGCUUUUGCAACAUUUAAAUUUAUUCUUAAUUGGCGUCAUUAUACUCCAGGAUUUUUACCUCAUAUAGUAGCUAUUAAUCCAAGACAACUAACAGGCAAACAAAAUCGAGGAAGAUCAGUAAAUCCUAUUUAUCGUGAUGGUUCAGGGCACAGUACUUGGGAACAUCCGAAUGCAUAA